AUGCCAGGAGGGCCGUCUGCUGUAGGCGAGGGCAUUGGUGCCAAUGCACCCAAGAGUAAAAUCGCUGGUAUUGCGAUGACGGCAUUCGCCGCAUUUGGGGGUAUUCUCUUUGGCUAUGACACUGGUGUUAUUAGCGGCAUCAAAGAGAUGAAGUCAUGGCUGAGGCAAUUCGGUUAUGCAACCAGUGACCUUGUCAACCACCAAACGGGUUUCGCUAUCUCAUCAUCGACUGAGUCUCUCGUCGUCUCCAUUCUCUCAGCUGGAACAUUCUUUGGCGCUCUGAUGGCUGCCCCGACCGCCGAUUAUCUUGGCAGAAAAUGGGGCAUCGUUUUAUCUUGCCUCGUUUUCUCCGUUGGUGUUGCAAUGCAAACCGCUGCAACCGCGAUUCCUCUUUUUGUGGUCGGUCGUGUGUGUGCUGGUCUUGGUGUGGGUCUCGUGUCUUGCAUCAUCCCUAUGUAUCAAUCAGAAUGUUCCCCCAAAUGGAUUCGAGGAGCAGUCGUGUCCACUUAUCAAUGGGCUAUCACCAUAGGCCUUCUUAUUUCAGCUGUCGUCAACAAUGCCACUCAAGACCGCGAUGAUGCCAGUGCGUAUAGACUCCCCAUCGCGAUGCAAUUUAUCUGGGCUGCCGUGCUCGCUGGGGGCAUGGCGCUUGCGCCUGAGUCACCUCGUUGGCUGGUCAAAAGAGGUCGUGAUGCAGACGCUAUCCAUGCAAUGAGCCGCCUCACCAGUUUGAAAGCCACCGACCCAGAGCUUGAGGUCGAGCUCGACGAAAUCCGUGCCAACCUCGAGGCAGAAAUAGCCCUUGGGGAGAGCUCUUACGCUGACUGCUUCAAGUUCAAUCACAGCAAAAUUGCUCUUCGUACCCUUACUGGCAUUUUCAUUCAAGCGUGGCAACAACUUACAGGAAUUAACUUCAUCUUCUACUACGGGACGACUUUCUUCCUUCGAUCUGGAAUUUCCAAUCCAUUCGUAAUCACGAUCGUUACGAACAUCGUCAACGUAUUCAUGACGUUGCCCGGAAUGUGGGGUGUUGAGCGUUUCGGCCGCCGUCGCCUCCUGCUGGUGGGUGCAAUUGGAAUGUGUGUCUGCGAAUACAUUGUCGCCAUCGUCGCUGUCACCAUCUCCGUCGAGAACAUCGCCGGCCAAAAGGUUUUGAUUGCAAUCGUUUGUAUUUACAUCGCUUUCUUUGCAUCAACUUGGGGACCUAUCGCUUGGGUCAUCACUGGCGAAAUCUUUCCGCUACAAAUUCGUGCGAAGGCUAUGUCACUCUCCAUUGCGAGCAACUGGCUGUGGAACUUUGGAAUCGCUUAUGCUACCCCUUAUCUUGUCAACAAGGCUCCCGGAUCCGCUGGUCUUGAGGCCAAAGUCUUCUUCAUCUGGGGUACUACAUGCUUCUGCUGCAUCAUCUUCACAUAUUUCUGUAUUCCUGAGACCAAGGGUUUGUCGCUCGAGCAAAUCGACCUCAUGUACCAGAACACAACCCCCGUCAAGUCGCUGGAAUACCGCAGACGUCUCGUUGCCCAAGGCCCAAUUCACCCCGAAAAGAUUGAACUAAGGGACGUGCAUGUGUUAAGUGAUGAGAAGGCCUAA